GAGCAGUUGUAGAAACUUCCAAUCAUCACCAUCAUCAUCAUCAUCAAAGAAAAUAUAGGCACAAUUAAGCAAGUUUUCAGCAAAUUUCAGAACAGAAUCUAUAAAAUGAUGUACCAUCAUCAACACCACCUUCAAAACCAACACCAACACCAACACCAAGGAAAGAACAUCCACUCUUCUUCUUCUGCUUCUUCAAGGAUGUCUAUUCCUUCGGAAAGGCAUUUGUUUCUACAGGGUGAUCAAAAUGGUUCUGGAGAUUCAGGACUUGUCCUCUCAACUGAUGCCAAGCCUAGACUCAAAUGGACGCCCGAUCUCCAUGAGCGAUUUAUCGAAGCAGUUAACCAGCUAGGAGGAGCAGACAAGGCUACUCCUAAAACAGUAAUGAAACUUAUGGGGAUUCCAGGCCUUACAUUAUACCACCUCAAGAGUCAUCUUCAGAAGUACAGGCUUAGCAAGAAUCUGCAUGGACAUGCUACAAGUGGGACCAGCAAAAUUGGUACAGUUCCAGUGGCAGCAGAGAGAUUAUCUGAAGCAAAUGGAACCCACAUGAGCAAUAUGAGCUUUGGACCCCAAGCAAAUAAAGGGUUACAUAUAAGUGAAACACUACAGAUGCAAAUUGAAGUGCAGAGAAGGCUACAUGAACAGCUUGAGGUUCAGCGACACUUACAACUUCGUAUAGAGGCUCAAGGAAAAUACCUACAAUCAGUGCUGGAGAAAGCCCAGGAGACAUUGGGAAGACAGAACUUAGGUUCAGUGGGACUCGAAGCUGCCAAAGUUCAACUCUCUGAACUGGUGUCCAAAGUAUCCACCCAAUGCUUGAACUCUGCCUUUACGGAGCUGAAAGAAUUACAGGGAUUGUGCCCCCAGCAAACACAAACAACCCAGCCCACCGAUUGUUCAAUGGACAGCUGCCUGACGUCCUGCGAAGGAUCUAAAAAGGACCAAGAGAUACACAACAGUGCAAUGGGGCUAAGAGCUAAUUAUAAUGGCAGGGAGCUCCUGGAUGAAAAAGAACCCAUGCUACAGAAGCCUGAGCUUAAGUGGUGUGAAGAACUAAAAGAGAAUAACAUGCUUCUUUCCUCCAUAAGUAAUGAUGCAGCAAAAAGAAUGUUUCCUGUGGAAAGAAGGUCAAGUGACUUAUCCAUGAGCAUUGGAUGUCAAGGAGAAAGAUGGAACAUUGAUAGCAACGGAAACUCUGAAGAAAGAUUGAAAGGAAGAAGCACGGAUGGCAGCUUUCUAGACCGUACAAACAACCGGGCGGAUUCAGCUAAAGCAGAGACUGAGAAAGUUUCUCGAGGUUAUAGAUCAGUGCCUUAUUUUGCAGCAAAACUAGACCUAAAUACUCACGAUGAUAACGAUGCUCCUUCAAGUUGCAAACAGUUUGACUUGAAUGGUUUUAGCUGGAGCUAAGAGGGCUUACAGUGAGUGAAGGGAUAAAAACACUGCAAUUUCAACUUCAUUCCCAAAGGAUAGAAAGCAUGACAGCAUGCUGCUCUCUCCUUCUGAGAAUUGGCCAAUGGCCAGGGAACAAAUUGUUCAAGCUGAAAGUAAUAAGUUGCAGGACAAAGAUAGAAUGCUCUAAUUUGGAAUUACAUAGCAAGUAGCCCAGGAAGAUGUAAUAUCUUAUAUAAGAUUUGAGAGUUCCAAGAUUA